AUGACGGCCACGCCUGUGCCCGACGGCACCAUUAUCCUCCCGCCGCCAGCCAUCAAGGCCAUCGUCGACAAGACGGCCGCCUUUGUCGCCAAGUCGGCCAACCCUGCGCUCCUCGAAGAGAAGUUCAAGCUGCGCGAGAAGAGCGACUCGCGGUUCGCCUUCGUCAACGCCGACGACCCGUACCACGCCUACUACGCCGACCGCCUCGCUGCGUUCAAGGCCGGCGAGCAGCCCGAGCAGAAGCCCGAGGAGAAGGAGGCAGAAGACGCGGCCAAGGCCGAGGACGAUGGCCGGCCACCUGAGCCGCCUGCGCUCGAGUUCCUCGUCGAGGACCCACCCAAGAUCAACGCCGUCGACCUCGACAUCUUGCGCCUGACUGCCCUGUUUACCGCUCGUUCGGGUCGCAAGUUCGCCUCGGACCUCGCCGCUCGCGAGUCGCGCAACUACCAGUUCGACUUCCUCCGGCCCUCGCACUCACUCUUCGGCUUCUUCAACCGCCUCGUCGAGCAGUACACCAAGAUCCUCGUGCCCUCCAAGGACUUUGUCGCCCGCCUCGAGCGUCGUGCCGGCGGCCCGCCCGACUCGACCGCCGACCGCGUCGUCAUCGGACGCCGCGAGGUGCUCAAGGACGCCCAGGCGCGCGUCGAGUGGGAGAAGUGGGAGUCGACGCGCCGCAAGGAGGCCGAGGACCAGGCCGAGGAGGAGCGCAUCGCGUUCGCCGAGAUCGACUGGCAGGACUUCCAGGUCGUGUCGACGAUCGAGUUCACCGAGAACGACGAGGCCGGCAUCGCCGAGCUGCCGCCGCCCAUGAGCCUCGCCGAGGUCGAGAACAUGAGCAUCGCCCAGAAGAAGAUGGCGGCCAUGAUUAUGGAGGGCAAGGACGUGCCCGGCGGCGCAGACGGCGACGACGGCGAGGCGCACGAGGAGGAGAUGGAGAUGGGCGACCAGUCGGACGACGAGGCCGAGGUGGCGCCGGCACCAGCCGCCGGCGUCGAGGUCGUCGAGCAGAAGCGCGAGGACGUCGUCGAGAUCACCCAGGCCGACUCGAGUGCGCCCGUCAAGAUCCGCAAGGACUACGUUCGCACCAAGAAGCCCAAGGCGGGGCAGGCGUACACGACGUUCGAGGGCCAGCAGGUGCCCGUCGACGAGUUGAGCAAGCACAUCCGCUACGAGCUCCUCGACCCGCGGUGGAAGGAGGACAAGAAGCAGGCCGACCUCAACCGCGCCGCGUCGGCUGUCAUGCCCGGCGGCACCGACGUCUCGGCGUCGAUCCGGGCCAUCGCGGCGCACCGCCCCGACAUCUUCGGCGGCGACAUCGGCGCGGCCGAGAAGCAGAAGCAGGCCGAGCGCGUCGCCCAGUCGAAGGCGCGCGAGAAGAACGUGUGGGACGGCCACGCCGCGUCCAAGGAGUCGAUCACGCUCCGGUACCAGCAGACGGCCAACUUCGACGAGCAGAUCGCCGCCAUCCACAAGAGCAAGGGCGUCCUGCCGACCGAGGAGAGCAACAUCGGCCCGACGCUCCCCGCUCAAGGGUCCGCGCCCGCACCGCCGCCGCCAGCAGCCGCCGCACAGCCCUCGGGCCCGACCGUCCUGAGCGGCGGCGCCACCAUCUCGGCCGGCCCGCAGCGCCAGCAGGAGGUGACGAUCGAGCGCACGACCGAGAACGACUUCCGCUCGGUCGGCGUCCCGCCCGGCUUCGCGUCCUCGCCCGCACCUGCACCUGCUCCCGCACCCGCCGACGACGUCGUCGAGGCGUCGACGGUCGACCCGAACGCGCCGCCGCUACCGGCAGGCCUGCCGCAGCGCCCGCAGGUGGCGACGCCGGGCGAGGCGCUCCCGGGUCCGGGCCCGGGCUCGCAGCGCGCCAACGAGGCCGCCGCUGCGCCAGCUCCCGCUGCGUCGACGUCGACGGCGGGCGUGACGCGUCCGGCGCCCGACGCCGAUGGCGACGACGAGCCGUCGGCCAAGCGGGCGCGCACGGGCGAGGCCGAGGGUCCGACGACGGUCGGCGAGGAGGAGUGGCUCGCGAGCCACCCGCACCCGGUCAAGAUCCAGGUGCAGCUCCCCGAGUACUCGGCCAAGCCGGCGUGGGGCUGCAAGGGCCAGAAGGUCGAGCUCGAGGUGCCGCUCACGCUCCUCGUCGGCACGGUCCGCGACCGCAUCGCUGCGACGGUCGGCGUCCCCGUCGGCAAGCAGCGGUACCUGUACGACGGCCGCAUCCUCGCCAACACGACGACGCUCGCGACGCUCAACCUCGACAACGGCGCCACCCUCCAGCUGCAGAUCAAGGACAAGAAGUAGUUGCUCUCGUGUUCCUCUCUGUCUGGCUGUAACGCUGUCCUUUUCGCGGUC